GGAGGCGCGCGGCCUCUCCCGGAGGCGCGCGCCCUGUCCGCAGAAGAAGAAGAAGCUCCGCGCGAGCCGCGCUCAGUCUCUCACGAUGGCGGAGGGAGGCGGACCGGAACCAGUGGACUCAGUGGAACCAGUGGCCGCUCAGUUACCUUCAACCGAGAGUCAGAAACAGACCGUUGGAUCCCUCAUUAAAACCAAUCUACGGAAGGGCGAUGAAUGGUUUCUGAUAGACAGUCGGUGGUUCAAACAAUGGAAGAAGUAUGUGGGAUUCGACAGCUGGGACAUGUACAAUGUUGGAGAGCAAAGCCUUUACCCGGGACCCAUCGAUAACUCGGGGCUGUUCUCAGACCAGGAAACCCAAGUCCUGAAAGAACACCUUAUAGAUGAGCUGGACUACGUCCUGGUACCAACCAAGGCAUGGACCAAGCUGGUGGGCUGGUACGGCUCUCUGGAUGGCCAGCGGCCCAUCGUCAGGAAGGUGGUUGAACAUGGCAUGUUUGUCAAACACUGUAAGGUGGAAGUCUAUCUACUGGAGUUGAACCUGUGUGAGAAUGAGAACAUGGAAAAUGUGGUCACUCGGCAUUUCAGUAAAGCGGACACUAUAGACACCAUAGAGAAGGCCAUGAGGUCACUGUUUGAGAUCCCGUCGCAGAAAGAGACCCGACUGUGGAACAAAUACAUGAGCAACACGUACGAGCAGCUCAACAAACCAGACAGUACAGUCCAGGACGCCGGGCUCUUCCAGGGACAGGUGCUCGUCAUUGAACGCAAAAACGAGGAUGGCACCUGGCCCAGACAAAGCUCCCAUUCAAAAUCUAGUGCUACUCCACCCAGGAAUUUCACCACCUCUCCAAAACUCUCUUCCAAUUCGUCCGCCACCAUCUCCUCAACGGUGUCCAAUGGGGACAGCAGCAGUAACGCGAGCUACACGCUCAAUAACAGCAACUCCUCUGGAAACCGGUUGGGGGGCUACAACUCGUACAGCUCCUCCUACAACUACCGAGACUCCCAGUCCCAGCCCGGCCUCUGUGGGCUCAGUAAUCUGGGCAACACCUGCUUCAUGAACUCUGCCCUGCAGUGCCUGAGCAACGCGUCGGCACUCACAGACUACUUCCUGAACGACCAGUACGAGGUGGAGCUCAACCGGGAGAACCCGCUGGGCAUGAGGGGGGAGAUCGCCGAGGCCUACGCUGAGCUGGUCAAGCAGAUGUGGCUCAGUCGCAGCAACUAUGUGGCCCCGCGCACCUUCAAGACCCAGGUGGGCCGCUUCGCGCCCCAGUUCUCGGGCUACCAGCAGCAGGACUCCCAGGAGCUGCUGGCCUUCCUGUUGGACGGUCUCCACGAGGACCUGAACCGCGUCAAGAAGAAGCCCUACCUGGCCGUGAAGGACGCUGAGGGCCGGCCAGACGAGAUUGUCGCGAAGGAAGCCUGGACUAAUCAUCGUUUGCGCAACGACUCAAUCAUAGUGGACAUCUUCCACGGCCUCUUCAAAUCCACCCUGGUGUGCCCCGAAUGUUCUAAGGUGUCCGUCACCUUCGACCCCUUCUGCUACCUCACGUUGCCUCUGCCCAUGAAGAAGGACCGCACCAUGGAGCUGUUCCUGGUGCGCUCCGACCCCCUGUCCAGGCCCAUGCAGUACAGAGUGGUGGUCCCCAAGCUGGGCUGUGUUAGUGACCUGUUCAGCGCCUUGUCCAAACUCUGUGGGAUCGCUCCGGAGAAUAUGGUGAUGGCAGACGUUUACAAUCACCGCUUCCACAAGAUGUACCGCCAGGACGACGGGCUGAACCAGAUCAUGGACAAAGACGACAUCUAUGUGUACGAGGUGCAGGAGGAGGACAGCGAGCAGAUGAACCUGCCGGUGUACUUCCGGGAGCGGCACUCCAAGCAGGCGGGCGGCUCCGGCGGCACCAUGCUGUUCGGCCAGCCCCUCCUGCUCACGGUCCCCAGACACAACCUCCUGGCAGAGGCGCUGUACCUCCGGAUCCUGGAGAGGAUCGGGCGCUACGCCAAGCCCCAGCCAAGUCCCUGUAGCGAGAGCCGUGCCGCCGCCUCCGCCAGCUGCAGCCGGGCCGAGGGUCCCACGCCCACUGGGUCGCACUCCGACAAGGAGGGCGGAGCCAACCCACUGUCUGACGGGGCCUCCUGUAGCUCCGGGGCCCAAAGCAGCGCUGGGGGCUCCAGCAACUCCGAGGCCUCCUGCAGCUCUGGGGCCUCCUCGAGCGCCGGGGGCCCCUCCAGCGCCGGCCCCAGCAACGGCAGCAGCCGCUCUGCAGCCAACGGGCCCAACGGGGUCUGCGAUGGUGAGGACGAGGCCAUGGACCACCAGGGGAGCCCGGAGCCGGAGAACGGCCCCUCGGAAGAAGACGACGAGGAGGAGGAGGAGGCGGACGUGGGGAAGGGGUCGAAGGGCGUCUCCGCGGCGCCCUCCAGGCUGUUCAGCUUCAGCAUGGUCAACUCCUACGGGACGGCCAACAUCAGCCCCCUGCCCUGCGACGGGAACGUCCUCAAACUCAACCCACAUUCCACCGUGGCCAUCGACUGGGACCCCGACACCAGGAAGCGUUGCUACGACGACCAGGAAGCAGAGGCCUCGGAGAAGCAUGAGAGUGUGCUUCAGCCUCAGAAGAAGAAGACCACCGUCGCUCUGAGGGAAUGCAUCGACCUGUUCACCACCAUGGAGACUCUUGGAGAGCAUGACCCCUGGUACUGCCCCACCUGUAAGAAGCACCAGCAGGCCACCAAGAAGUUUGACCUGUGGUCCCUGCCCCGCCUCCUCGUCGUCCAUCUGAAGCGCUUCUCCUACAACCGCUGCUGGAGGGACAAGCUGGACACGGUGGUGGACUUCCCCAUCAGGGACCUGGACAUGUCUGAGUUUGUGUGUGACCCUAAAGCAGAGCCCUACGUCUACGACCUGAUCGCCGUCUCCAACCACUACGGGGGGAUGGGAGGGGGCCACUACACGGCCUACGGCAAGAACAAAGUGGACGGAGGCUGGUACUACUUUGACGACAGCAGCGUCUCGUCGGCCAAAGAGGACCAGAUCGUGACGAAGGCGGCCUACGUGCUGUUCUACCAGCGCAGGGAAGGCCCGGCCCCCGCCAAGCCCUCGGCGACCUCGGGGGCAGCAAGCGACGGCGUGGACGACCACAUGGAUACUAACUAACACUGACCAUAACCACUGAACCUUCAAAUGGUAGACGGACACACACACACACCCAGCUACCAUGGUGGGAAGGACUCGUCGAUCCCCCCCCCCUCCCUUCCUGGUGAUUUAGUUUUUGUUUCUCAUUUUGUCUACUACCGCCUCGACCCUUUUCUACUCGAGUCCCCAGACCCAAGCAGGGGGUUAGAGCCCAGACCCAAGCAGGGGCUUAGACCGGAGACCCUAGCAGGGGCUUAGACCGAAGACCCUAGCAGGGGGUUGCACUGGAGAAGUGUGUAAUUGUUGGGCAACUUGUUUGGGGAGCUCCUCCACAAAGUAAAGGCUAAGGAUCCUCUCGCUGGACACAAACAGAAUGUUAGGGAUGCCCUUGCGUAGGUAAACAAAGGUUUCAGUUUCCAGCAGUCAAGAGGAAGUAAGCCAAACGUACAUCCUGCUUUAACCAAAGCGCUCCACGUUGUACACGAAGUGAAUCGUACCAUUUAGGUAUACCAUGGAAACAUCAGUUUUGCAGUCAUUUCCCGAUCAUUAGUCUGGUUCCAGGUUCCUUCUCUGGGCCUUCAGAGGGCCGGGGGCUGACUGCUCGGCCCGUCCCCGUCCCCUUGAAGCUCACUCUGGGCUUUCAGGGGGCCGUCGGCUGGCUGCUUCGACCGGUCCCCCUGCUCCUGACGCUGACUCCCACCCCAGCUUUAUGUCGUUUUUUGUCACAGUGCAAAAGUGGCCUUUUGAUUCCUGCAAACUUUUAUAUUCUUUUACAGAGCACUUUGAAUUUUCCCUUGAAUUCAUGAUCUGCUUGUUAUGUAAUCAGAAGUGAUUUGGGUUCAUGAUUUGGCCUUGGGGCUCAAGAUAUGUUAUACAUUUCUUCAGGUCUUUUAACUUUGAAAUAAUCUGUUUGCCCAAACCCCUAGCCAUCAUCUAGCUUGUCUUUUAAAAGUCUUGUACAUUAUUUCAGCUUUGAAUUGAAAUGGCUGUUAUUUGACAUCUACAAAGCACACAGAAUAAAAAAGUAUUAAGUGGUGCUUAAUUCAUACGACCUUGAACUCACUGCUCUAGGAAGAGCGCCUCCAUCUGUAAUCAAUUCAGUCUCAGUACAUCGAGACGGGGAUAUUGGUCAAGGGUUAUAACAACAGUUAAUGAGCGGAGACAUUUAUUUGGCUGAAUGCUUGUGCAUUAAUGGAAUGAAGGUGGAAAGUAAAUUCAAUAUACUAGUUAACUGGGAGCUACCUGGUCAUCUGACAUCAGGCACUUCAGAUACUAUUGUGGUGGAGGGCUGUGCAGGGGGGGGGGGGGGGGAGAGAAACCAGUGGACAGACCAGAUGGACUGUGGGGGAAACCAGUGGACAGACCAGAUGGACUGUGGGGGAAAAAAAACAGUGGUCAGACCAGACUCAAAGAGGUGGACAGUUUCAUCCUGCUAGGGAUGUUAGUACAGUGGUGGCACUGCAGCAUGUACAUGUCCAUUGGACUGCUUGUGUCCUUCUGAUUUUGCUGGGUGAUCUGCUGUGAUUUUGCUCAGAGAUUAGUACAUAAGUCAUUUAUGCCAAUGGAUAGAAAAGCUUUACAUCAUACUUAUAAUCCACUAUAGCAAGUUUUAAAACAAAUACCGUGAAUCAUCUUUUCCCUACUUCAUGAGAACAUCAAUCAUAAUAGGUGUAAAUAAUCUUUCACACGAGUGAAUGACAUAGUCCGAAUAUUUAUACAUGCCAAUAUCUAGAAAAUGUUUUUAAUUGAGAAUUAUGAGUUUGAACGUACAAUAAAGAUUGAAACCUGAACCGUGUCUCCUUGGCCUUCUUCCUUUUAAACCGUUUCUUACAGCUGGGGGAAGUGUUUAUUCUAAUGCAGUUUGUUCCAGUACAGCAGGCCUACAGCUGUGACGAUGGGAGAGACCGGAGUCUUCUUAAAAUGUAAUUUUAUUGUGAA